CGAAUUCUCCUCAGUGAAUGAUAACAGGAAUGUGUGGCGGAAUUAAGAUAUUGUACCUCUGAAGUCCUCCUAUUUUGCGCAGCCAUGUCUCUUCCCUGGCGGUGUCUGAUGGGGCCUCGCCUGUACAAAAUAUACGGCAGUCUCCUUCAGAACGGCGAGAGUGAAGUGUACGUGCCAAACAUCCUGGAGAGGUUCGGCAACAAGAUCUUCCAAGUGAUCUAUGUGGUGCAGUACGUCGGCAUGUUUACGUCACCCAUCCUGGCGCUGUCGUUCUACCGCUGGGAGUCCCUGUCUCUCAACUCAGCCAUCCGGCUGGGCACCGGAUUGGGACUGCUGGUGGUGGUGGCGCUGGUUCUCCGAGGGGCCGGUCGCUGCUUCAAUCCUACCUACACCACCUUCCUCGGGAUACUGGAGGAGGCCCAACGCUUACCUCGACCCCCAGCCAAGGCUAUGGAACCUCUGAGGCAGUACGAGUUUGAUUUUGCAUCCUGGCCUGUUAACUUCAAGUGGAGUGACAUUAGUGCGGACGACAACAAAGCUCGAGUGUACGUGGAGCGAGCUGGCGGAGUGGCGGACAUGCAUGGCAACAUUUUCAGCCGAACUCUUCAGCUGCCCACUAGACUGGUUGCCUACAUCCUGACCUCCUCCCUGGGCAAAUAUCUCAUGUACCCCGGCUGUAUACAACUCCUACAGCUGGCCAUUGACAACCUGCUCUCACAAGGACGGGAGAAGCUGGUGAAGGAUUUCGGUGGCAAGAGGAACAAGCUGCUGGCGAGGGAUGGAAAUACUAUUGAUACUAUGCUGGUCGACCGUCGGGCAAAAGGCCAGUACCCCAAUGGGCGGACACUGGUGGUGUGCUGCGAAGGGAACGCUGGCUUCUAUGAGCUGGGCCUGAUGACAACACCACUGGAGGCCGGCUACUCAGUGAUAGGAUGGAACCACCCUGGCUUUGGGGGCAGCACGGGCUCACCGUACCCCAGCCAGGAGCAGAACGCAGUGGACGCUGUGAUGCAGUUUGCUAUCCACAGCGCCGGCUUCAGGGAAGAGGACAUUCUUAUCUACGGCUGGAGCAUUGGUGGCUACUCCAGCACCUGGGCCGCCAUGAACUACCCACAGAUAUCCGGCUUAAUUCUGGACGCAACAUUCAACCACGUGCUUCCGCUGGCCGUCAACCGGAUGCCUGGAUGCCUAAACAGCAUAGUGACCCUUGCUGUCAGUAACCACUUGAAUCUGAAUCCGGGAGAUCAGCUGGCGAGGUACCCAGGGCCCGUCACCAUUGUCAGGAGGACCCAGGACGAAAUUAUUACUACUGACGAGACACAACUGCGGUGCAACUGUGGCAACGACCUGAUGCUGCGGUUAAUAAAGUCGCGUUACCCUGGCCUUCUGUGCCCCCAAGCCACUGAGGUCCUCUGGCAGUGGCUGGCUGAACCUUUCCAGGGGUCUAACCUAACAGAGUGGGGUGUUGAUGGGGAUCUGUGUUCAUCCCUGCUAUCCUCCUACAUUGCCCAGCACGGAGAGAGUUAUCCGUACACAAUUGGGGAGGAUAUGAGUAUAGAUGAGAAGACCAAGAUGCUGCUGUACCUUUCCAGCAAGUACCUAGUGGACGUCCCCAGUGGCCAUAACAACCCUCUGGAGAAACACUUCUUUUGGAGACCCUGGCGGCCCCUCACUGACUCCUACAUCCAGGUGGACUAGGAGAGAGAGAAUCCAAGGGAGGAGAGGAGAGACGCUGGGACUGUCUGUGAGUGAGAGAGAGAGAGAGAGAGAGAGAGAGAGAGAGAGAGAGAGAGAGAGAGAGGUGUUGGCGUUAUUUCAGUCCAGUAAAGAUUAAUUAGUGAAUGUAAGUGUAUGAUGAAUGAAGGAUGUUUUGCUGAGUGUGUGUGUAUGUGUGUGUGAAGGGAGAAUAAAAGAUGCUAUGGAACAAAAAAGCAGUUGAAAAUGUGAAUAAUUUUGAAUAAAUAAGAUAAAAAGGAAGGGAAGAUAAAGAUUUAUGAAGGAAAUUAAAAGAAAAGUUGAUAAUGAAAGUUAGAAAUGGAGUUUGUGAAUUGUGGAGAGAAAUGGAAGUUUUAGUUUAUGAUAGGAUUGAAAAGUAAACAUUGACAGAUUAUAUGAAAGAAAUAUAUUUAAAAAUAAUGAAAGAAGUAAAAAACAGAUAGUGAUUCAUGAUAUGACAAGUAAGAAUACAAUGACUAGUAAUGUAACACAUAAAUACAUUGAAGGCUAAUAAAAGAAAUAGAAAUAAAUAUGAUUAAUAAUAUCAAAUAGAAACAAAAAAUAAUAAAAGAAAUUGAUAUAAGACAAAGUUAACAAAAAAAAUAAAGAGAAAUAGAACAAUGAUUGGCAAGAUAAGUAAAAAUAGUGAAGGUUGAUGAAAGGAAAAUUAAAAUAGACAAAUUU